AUGAGGGGAGAGAUGAAUAAGGUUACUGCAAAGAUAUGUCAAAGGAAGGAGCUACUUAAUCUGGCCAUAAGCAAAUUCAAUAAGAUUAGGAGAAAAAAGGAGAGGAGAAGUGAAGAUGAUGGAGAAAAAUUAGAGAUUUCGGUGCUGGGUGUUUUGUCUAGUGUGAAGAAGCAACUUGAUGAUGAACGACCUACAAUUGUCAAUCAAGUAAAUUCUUUGGAUAGCCGUUUCGAAGAAUUGGAUAAAAAUUUUGUUGGUGCGAUUAAUGUUGUGGAUAGCUUAGUUCGUGUACAUGAUGAAACAAAGUCAUGUGUAGCAGCUUCUGAAAGUGCUAAAAGAACUUGUUUAGAAAGUAGACUUGACAGUUUGGAAAGUAAAUUUGAUUAUGUGAUGCAUUGUGUUGAAAGUUUAGUUCGACUGCAUAGCGAAAACAAAUCUUGUAAAGCUUGUGCAUCUGGUAAAAGACAACCUGAUUUGGGUUAUUCAGUGAAUGAUGAGGUGAAGUUAGAUGCACAUCUUGGAAAAGAUUUGCAGGAAUGUAUGGAGAAUAUGCUUUGUAAAGUAAGGUCUACAAAAAUGAGACCUCUCCCAUGCUCGAUAUGCUCGUGA